AGCAGAGCAGAGCAGCGCGCCAGAUCAAGAAGCAGAGUAGGUUCUUGAUCCAUUUGUAUUCGAAAGGCAUGAAGUUCAGGCCGCUUUCUUGCGUCCGGUGUGCGCCGCCGCCGCUGGGGGGCGUCGGGGGGAGGAGGACGGUGCUGGUGGCCCUGCACAGGGACGCCGCCGGCAGGGAGCUGCUCACCUGGGCGCUCGUCAAGGCCGCCGCUGCCGGCGACCUUGUCGUCGCGCUCCACGUCGCCGCCGCCGCCGCAGAUGGUGCGUUUUCUGCCGCGAAGGACAUGGCGGAGGUGAAGAUGAGAGCCGUCGGCUCGCUCGCCUCCGUGCUCGGCGCGUACAAGGGCUUCUGCGACCGCAACCAGAUCGACCUGGAACUUAAGGUCUGCCAGGGGCCAUCGAUCAAGAGGGCUCUGGUGACCGAGGCGACCUCCUACGGCGCUAUGCACCUCAUUCUCGGUGUCACAAAGAGCUCCAGCAGGCCUCUCGGAUCCUCCGCCACCGCAGUCGCGAGGUACUGCGCGCAGAGAGUUCCCCCGAGCUGCACGGUCACCGCUGUCAGCGAUGGCAUGGUCGUGUACCGCAGAGAUGCCGUGCAGGUGCAGCAGCUCAGUCCCUACAGCGCAAUGUUGGAGACGCCGCGGAGGCUCUACCGGAAGAUACUCGACGCGACGAUGGCGACCGGAGACAAAGCUCAGGAUGACCUGGUGAUCGGUGACGGCCGGUCCUUGCGCCGGAACAUGUCCGUGUCGAUGAGCGCCCUGAUCUCGCCGAGAGUGAAGUUAGCGCCGGGUCCGGUAAGGUGUCAAAGGCCGGAACCGAUGGCAGUGGCCGCCGGCUGGCCGCUCCUAAGGAAGGACAUGAAAUCUGCCUUGCCGGACUCGUCGGAAAUUUCUGUGGCUCAGUGGGCGAUGAAGCUCCCGACCCGGUGGUCAGCAAUAUCGCCGGUGAAUUCAGACCAGCUUUCUGAUGACCCGGAAGUAUUCCUAUCGGGAAUGGAUUCGGGAAUGCCGUCUCCGGUGAUCGAGGGGGCGGAGAUGAAUGUUCCUGAGGAGCUGGUCUCACUCCGAGAGAAGUACUCAUCCAAGUACACAUUGUUCAGUUACAGUGAGCUUGCCAAGAUCACUGAUGGCUUCUCUCCAGAGCGAAUAGUAGGGAAAGGCAGUGCUGGCCGGGUUUACAGGGGAUGUACUGAAGAUGGCAAGGAGCUGGCAGUGAAGGUCCUGAAAUCUUCGGACGAGGUUAUGGAUGAGUUCGUCUCCGAGAUCGACAUCCUCAGCUCCGUCGAGCACAAGAACGUCAUGUCCCUCGUCGGGUUCUGCCUCGACGACAGCAAGCUCAUGCUCGUGUACGAUUACAUGCGGCGAGGCAGCAUGGAAGAGAAGCUGCACGGUGAGACACAGGGCAAGGGCGUGUACGGCUGGCCGGAGAGAUUCAAGGUGGCCGUCGGCGUCGCGCGCGCUCUGGAGUACCUCCACGGUGACAGCGACCACCGCCCGGUGAUCCACAGGGACGUCAAGUCCUCGAACAUCCUCGUCGCCGACGACUUCGAACCCAAGCUGUGUGACUUCGGCCUCGCGAUGUGGGCGGCGGACGCGGCGUCGCAGGUCACCGGCGCUGACGUCGCCGGAACCUUCGGAUACCUGGCUCCGGAGUACUUCAUGCACGGCAAGGUCAGCGACAACAUCGACGUGUACGCGUUCGGCGUCGUCCUCCUCGAGCUCAUCUCCGGGAGGAAGCCGGUGAGCGCCGGCGGCCCCAAGGGCCAGGAGAGCCUCGUGAUGUGGGCGAACUCCGUCAUACAAGGAGGAAAGCUCAUGGAUCUCGUCGACCCGAGCCUGCCGCCGGCCGACGGCGAGGUCGAGAGGAUGGCCCUCGCCGCUGCCGUCUGCAUCAGGCGAGCACCGCAACGCCGGCCGAGCAUGAGCAAUGUCCUGAAGCUGCUCACCGGCGACGGCGACGCCGUCAAGCGGGCGAGGUCGCAGGUCGGUGUGUUGGGCGACGACGACGAUGGCGCGGUCACCUCGCCGGACAAGAACGACAUCCAGUCGUACAUCAACCUCGCGCUGUUCGACGGCGUCGACGACGACGCCGGGUCGGUCGGCAGCGUCGACUUCGUCGGCGCAAACAUGUCGUUGGAGGAGUACAUGAAGGGAAGAUGGAGCCGAUCGUCCAGCUUCGAGUGAAGGCUCCACCCAUGGCGGGAAUCGCAUUUUGUGUGCAUAGACCAUUCUUUUGAUUCGUCAUUCCUUUUCAUUUCCGACAGAUUCAUUAUUCUUUGCGUUUUUCUCUUUGCCGUUAGAUGGGAGGUUGCAUAUGCAAAUAUGCGAAAGCAGAGCAUCUCCAGUUUUGACAUCUCCUCAAGUAUUCAUGCA